AUGUGCAAAGACCUGGAGUUAGAAAAGCAAAAGGCUAUUUACCUCAACAGAAAUCCCAGAGAUGUUAUUACUUCUGGUUUUUAUUACUGGAGAGCAAUUCAAUGUGUAAGAAAUCCAGACACGUUUGAACAAUACUUUGAAUGGUUUCUUCAGGGAAAUGUGACUUUUGGAUCACGGUUUGACCAUAUCCAUGGCUGGCUGCAAAUGAGAGGAAAAGAGAAUUUCCUUAUAGUAUCAUAUGCGGAGCUGUACCGGGACAUAAGAGCCAGUGUAGAGAAGAUCACCCAGUUCUUGGGCAAAAGGCUAGGCCCUAAAGAAUUCAACUCAGUACUCAAGAACAUACCCUUCGAAGUCAUGAAAACUAAUAAAAUGAACAAUUUUCCCCUAGCACCAGAUAGCUUUACAGAUCACAGCAAAGUACAAUUGAUGAGAAAAGGAGCCAUCGGGGACUGGAAACAUCACUUUGCAGUGGCCCAGAGUGAAAUCUUUGAUAAAAUACACAAAGAGAAGAUGGUGGGGCUUCCUCAAGGGUUUUUCCCAUGGGAAUCGUGACCUAAUAUUUCUGAGUCUGAGAUGAAUACUGAUUCCUUUCAUGCCCUUACACACGGGCAUCCUAAGAUGUAGCAGAAAAUUUGUCAUUGUAUCCUGGGGACUUUACCCCAACAGUACAGUUACGCUUGAUAAUUGAAAAACAACAGGUACUCUAUUAAAUUUAUGCCACACGGCUUCAAAAAAACUACACAAUAUUUAA